UGGAUUUUCAGUGGUUGCUCCUGAAUUGGCCGUUCCCGGAAAGACGACGGCGGUGUUGGUAACCCUGCACGGACCAGCGAGUCUGCAACCCCUCAAUGUAACCGUUCGCCUACUCGCCGAUCCUGCGGAAGACGUGCAGCGCGAUCACAUCAUAGAAACCACUCAAGAAAUCAAGGGUCAUGGCAUACUUCCUCUGGACGUACCGUCGGAUGCUGCCGGUGCCUAUCUGCUCAGGACCUCCGUCAACUGCACCGAGGAUGAGAAGGAUUGCGAUCUGCAGAGCACUUCGCAGAUGCGGCUCGUCGGACCCGUAAGGGAUGUGAUCAUACGACCGGCGAGGCACGCCUACCGACCCGGCGAAACACUCUCGUUCUGGCUUUUGGCGCUCGAUCAUGAUUUGCAAAUCGCCGCUGGGGCCGUGGGAACCGUCAGCGUCAAGGAUCCUGCAGACACUAAGAUCUCCUAUUGGGAUCAAAUCCCGCUGGACGAAGGUGUCAAAGCGUUUACUCUUCCCCUGUCCGAGUACGCGAGCAUCGGGCGUUGGUUGAUCCACGUCGAUGUCGAUGGAAACGAAUUCACCGCUCCAUUCGACGUUGCCCCAGGUGUUGGGGGAAGUUUACCGGAUGUUGCGGCGGCGGAAGAACAUUACGUCGAGUUACGUUUCGGAAGGGAAAUGCGAAGACGUUACAAACCGGGUCUACCGUUUUCCGGAAAGGUUGAGGCAAUGAGCACUGAGAAAUCGGUUAGGGUUCGUGUGAAGGUGUACGAUAACACUACAUCCAUCUAUAGUCAGGACAUCGAGAUAACGAACGGAGAAGGCACGUUCGUCGUUCCUGCUAUAAUGGCAGACAGCGACGUGAUUGCAUUGCAG